AUGAGGACUCCUGGGCAUGCUAAGAAGGUGAAAAAUGUGACGAAUGAUGUAAUUGAUGGCAAGCGGGGCAUGAUCUACAUUCCAGACCAGAAGAUUUCAAAAUUGACCUUAACAAAAGACAUAAAGGGUCUGAAGCGCGAGCGCCGUGAUGCCAAGAAAAACAAGGGGCAUUCGAAGAAGCAAAAGCCGAGGAAGAAGAAGAAGAAGCCCGCUCCCAAGAGUGCAAAAUGAAGGCGAGUGAAAGCCAUGACUCAAGUGACACGCACCAGCUGAACCAAUUGUCUCCUUAGCGUCUUAACAUCGUACGUAAAAUUUAAGCUCUGUACUGGCUACCUUAAAGUCACUGCUGGGUUUAAACACCUUAAUCAUCACAGCAAUCUUUUGAGAAUAGUUUCUGCCAAAUGCAAGGUCUUGUGUAUGGGUUUGGUAGUUUUGCACACACAAAAAAAAUUAUGAGUAGAUUUUUAAUUGUAGUACUGCUGUUUGCACCAUCUUAU